AUGAAGUCCCUUAUUUUCUCAUUCCCACCUUCUCCACUUCUCUUCUGCAUAUUCCUAAUUUUAUUCAAUAUUCCUCUAUCUUCAAAUGAUGAUACUUAUCAAUGGUAUACAAGUUGUGGUAGUCUUUUCAACUGUGGCAUGCUCACUCCGGUGGAUUACCCUUUUCGGGUAAGUGAUCAACCUGCAAAUUGUGGCUAUCCUGGACUAGAGAUAGAAUGUGAUGAUGGUAAGCCUAAUAUAGUGAUUAUGAAUGUGAAAUACCACAUUUUGGGUAUCAAACAAAAUGCUAAAGUUCUCGAAAUCACGAGAGAUGACUUCAUGGAUGAUACUUGUGUAGAUAAAUUUGUGAAUACAACCCUUGAUUCCACACUAUUUGAGUAUGCUUCAGGUUAUGAAAAUGUUACAUUUUUGUAUGGUUGUCCACCUUCUGAUGUUCCUAUUCCGGGACAAUUCACUUGUCCCAUUGAUGGGGUUGCUAACACGAAUGGUUAUGUUACGGUUGGAGCUCAAGGCCCCGGGCCAUGUCAUGCUAGCGUUGUUGUGCCCAUUCCAAGCAGAUUUAUUAGGGAUGUUGUGAAUUUGACGCGUUUAAAUCAAGUCAUUAGGGACGGGUUUGAGGUGAAAUGGAAGGUUGAUGAUACAACAUGCAGCGAAUGCAGAAGCUCAAAUGGACGAUGCGGAUAUGACCUUGUUUUGAAUCAGUUUUCUUGCUUUUGCCCGAAUCAGUCCUCCGGAUCCAAGACGUGCAAUGCUGCACUGGAUGGUGGAGGUGGUUCCCCGGGUGCUUCUCCGACUGCACCAGGUAUGUACUCACCUCUUUUCCUUUGA